AAAGUUACCUGUGCGUGGCGAACAGAUUGAAAUUAUGUUCUAGAAAUUUCUGCACAGAAAAGCGGCUCAGAGGGUUUGAUUUAGAAGUUGGAUAAAGCGGUGAUUCCACUUAUUUUGACAAAGAUAUUACGAAAUACCUGCCCUAUGGACACGAAGAGAAUCGCAAGAGGAUUAGUUUUGGUGGCUUUCAUCGUCCUAGCGAAUUUUUCUUUCCAAGUCACCGGCAGGACAUGCUUCCUAUGUGACUCUCGCAAUGAGCCUUGUCCAGAAGAUUCAGUCAAUGGUACGAGAACGGCAACGUGCUCUGAAGGAAACGAAUACUGUGUAGUUGUAAAGGAUGGAAGACAUGGAGAAACACGAUUCUACAGAGACUGUGUCAACAAAUGCGACAAGGAAUUCGUGAACUGGGAGAAAGAUGGCGAGGUAUAUUGCAAAAUGUGCUGCGAUAAUGACCACUGUAAUGUUGGCCGAUGUGGGUCCCCUGCGGCAUUUACUUUGAGUCGUUCACUGAUUGUCCUUAAUGCAAUCGUUACAUUUGGAUGCAUGUUUGCAGUUGCAUAGAGCCAGCUGCAACAGCCAGAAGAAUAAACACUUCUAUCAUUGUAUGCUUCUGCUCGUAACAGAAAGACAUUAAAUGAAUUCGGUUAGAAAA